AUGAACGACUCCGCCCCCGCCCUCAACCGGAUCGACCUGACCAACCACUCAAGGAAGUGGAGCACCGGCCGCGUAGCCCACGGGCAGGCGGUGCGUCUCUGGGACGACAGCGCAGGCAAGGUCGCCAGCUUCACCACCAACUUCGCCUUCGCCAUCAAGCCCGCCAGCGAUAACAGCGCGAGAGGUGAUGGCAUGGCGUUCUUCGUGGGGCCUUACCCGCCGAGCAUGCCCACGGACGCGACGGGCGGGUACCUCGCGCUGUUCAACAACCGCGACAACCCGGCCAACACCGGCUUCCCGCCGACCGUCGGCGUGGAGUUCGACACGUUCAGGAACUUCGGCUGGGACCCCACCGACACCAACUGCCACAUCGGCGUCAACGUCAACAGCAUCAGGUCCAUGGAAUACACGGCGCUGCCGGACGGCAUCUUUAACGGGUUCAUGUCGGCGAAGGUGAGCUACGACGCUCAAACGGCCACGCUCUCGGCCACUCUGCGGUUCGACGACUCGCCAGGGCAGAUCACAUACGCGGUCAGCGCAAACGUAGAUCUGCGGAAAGCCGGUCUGCCGCAGGACGCGGCGGUUGGGUUCUCGGCGUCCAUCGCGGACUUGAUCGAGCAGCAUCAGAUUCUUUCAUGGUCGUUCGACUCCACUAUGUCCGAUUCAAAGACGAAAAACAGAGGUCUAAUUGCCGGGCUAGUAUCCGCUGGUAUCUUCGUAUUGCUCGCCAUAGCCUCAUGGCUCAGCUACCGCAAUUGUCUGAAAAGGAAGGGUAUAGCAUCUAGAGGUGCAAAGACCCCUCUUGACCAAGACAUGGACAACGAGUUUGAGAAGGGGGUGGGGCCUCGGAGAUUCAGGUACAACAAGCUGUCGCGGGCCACUCGGGGAUUCUCCGACGAUGAGAAGCUAGGCGAGGGUGGCUUCGGGGCAGUAUAUCGAGGGUUCUUGCAAGACCAGGGGCUGCAUGUGGCCAUCAAGAGAGUUUCCAAGACGUCGAGUCAGGGGAGGAGAGAAUACAUCGCAGAAGUGACCAUCAUCGGUCGGUUACGGCAUCGCAACCUUGUCCAGCUUGUCGGGUGGUGCCACAAAGCCGACGAGCUCUUGCUCGUCUACAAGCUUAUGACGAACGGCAGCCUCGAUGCCCAUCUCUACAAUUCCACGGAAGUCCUAACAUGGGCAACCAGGUACCAGAUCAUACUUGGCAUGGGGUCUGCUCUGACAUACCUGCACCAGGAGUGGGAGCAGUGCGUGGUGCACAGGGACAUCAAGCCGAGCAACGUGAUGCUUGACUCAUCGUUCAACGCCAAGCUGGGAGACUUCGGGCUCGCGCGCCUCGUCAACCACAGCAGCGGCGCUCACACCACGACGACGUUGGCCGGCACCAAGGGCUACAUGGACCCGGCGUACGCGGUGACCAUCCGGGCUAGCGCGCAGACCGACGUCUACAGCUUUGGGGUCGUCCUCCUGGAGAUCGCCUGUGGCCGGAGGCCCGUCGACCCGCAGGAGGAGGAGAGCAAGGUCCUGCUCGUCGAGUGGGUCUGGGGGCUGUACGGGAGAGAUGCGCUCCUCGACGCGGCGGACGCGCGGCUGGACGGCGACAUGGACGAGCGCGAGAUGGAGUGCGCGCUGGUCACGGGCCUCUGGUGCGUCCACCCGGACUACGGCUUCCGGCCGUCCAUCCGACAGGCCAUGAGCGUGCUCCAGUUCGAGGCGCCGCUUCCGGAACUCCCCCCGGAGAGGCCGAUGGCAGUGUACGCGCCGCCUCACGGAGGGUACAGAUCGAGCUACACUCUAACAGACUGGGAGUUCCGGCGCCGGCGGACGCUCGUCCACAAGUGA